AUGAGCCUUACACAGACUAUCGAGUUGCCUAAUGGCGUCAAAUACGAGCAGCCUCUUGGACUGUUCAUCAACAACGAGUGGGUCAACAGUGUUGACGGUGGUUCUUUCGAGGUCAUCAACCCUACCACCGAGAAGGUCAUCACCUCCGUACAAGAGGCCUCCGAGAAGGAUGUCGACAUUGCCGUCAAGGCUGCCCGUGCAGCCUUCGAGGGCGAGUGGUCCCAGGUCACUCCCCAGGACCGUGGAAGGUACUUGAACAACCUUGCGGACCUCUUCGAGAAGAACAGGCUCCUCCUCGCCUCCGUCGAGGCUCUCGACAACGGAAAGGCCGUUUCCGAGGCCCAGGGUGACGUCCAGGCCGCCGCCAACGUCUUCAGAUACUACGGUGGAUGGGCCGACAAGGUCCACGGAAAAGUCAUUGACACCGCCCCCGGAAAGUUCAACUACACCAAGCAGGAGCCCGUCGGUGUUUGUGGACAGAUCAUUCCAUGGAACUUCCCCAUUCUCAUGUGGUCAUGGAAGAUUGGUCCCGCCAUUGCUACCGGUAACGUCGUUAUCAUCAAGUCCGCCGAGCAGACCCCUCUCUCAGCCCUCGUUGCUGCCACCCUCAUCAAGGAGGCCGGUUUCCCCCCCGGUGUCAUCAACGUCAUAUCCGGUCUCGGCAGAGUCGCUGGUGCUGCCAUCUCCGCCCACAUGGACAUCGACAAGGUCGCCUUCACCGGCUCCACCCCCGUCGGCCGCAUGAUCAUGAAGGCUGCCGCCAACUCUAACCUCAAGAAGGUGACGCUCGAGCUCGGCGGCAAGUCGCCCAACAUCGUGUUCGACGACGCCAACGUUGAGGACGCCAUCAGCUGGGUCAACUUCGGCAUCUUCUUCAACCACGGCCAGGUCUGCUGCGCCGGUUCCCGCAUCUACGUCCAGGAGGGCAUCUACGACAAGUUCGUCGAGGCCUUCAAGGCCCGCAUCACCAAGAACGUUGUCGGAGACCCCUUCCACCCAGAGACCUUCCAGGGCCCCCAGGUCUCCCAGCUCCAGUUCGACCGUGUCAUGUCCUACAUCGAGCACGGGAAGCAGGAGGGCGCCAAGGUUGAGUGCGGUGGUAGCCGCCACGGUACUAGCGGAUACUUCAUCCAGCCCACCAUCUUCUCGAACGUCACCGAGGAAAUGAAGAUCAUGCAGGAGGAGAUCUUUGGCCCUGUCGCAUCCAUUGCCAAGUUCAAGACCCUCGACGACGCCAUCAGGAUCGGAAACAACACCACCUUCGGUCUUGCCUCGGCCGUCCACACCACCAACCUUGCGACUGCCAUCGAGGUCUCGAACCGCCUCAAGGCCGGAACUGUAUGGAUCAACACCUACAACGCCCUCCACCACGCGCUGCCGUUCGGUGGUUACAAGGAGUCUGGUAUCGGCCGUGAGCUUGGAAAGGCCGCGUUGGCGAACUACACCCAGACUAAGACUGUGUGCAUCAACUUGUCGGGCGGAAAGGACUAA